AAAACUGGGGGCAUUUUCUUUUCUGCUGGUAAAACCUCCCCCCAGUUUCUGUGUAUACAUGUAUAUACACUCAAUAUUCUCCCCAUUAUUUUUCAUCAUCAUUCAAAUCCAUUGAGCACAAACAGUGAAUAAUUUUAGCUGUACGUAAGAAGAAGAAGCUGAAAAUGAGUUCCACAAGCAGGGCUUGGUUAGUGGGAGCAAGCAUUGGAGCUGUUGAGGUUCUGAAAGAUCAGGGAUUCUGUAGAUGGAAUUAUGCAAUGAGAAUACUUCAACAACAUGCCAAGAACAGCCUCAGAUCAUACACUCAGGCUAAGAAACUUUCUGGAGCACCCUCUUCAACGAUUAUAUGUAAAAAGAUGAAGGAAGAUCACAAGUUGAAGAAAUCUGAGGAAUCAUUGAGAACGGUUAUGUAUUUGAGCUGUUGGGGACCUAAUUGAAUUGAAUCUCCAAACCCAUAUUUGAGCCGUUGGGUUUCAGUUUCCUCUUCUCUCUCUCUUCAAAAACAAGGGGCAUCUAGGCGUGCCCGUCCCGCUGCCAUCCCUAAUAGAAACGACAAAUAUACAUGAUUCUAAGCUUAUAAGUUUAGAAUUGACAUACAAAAUUUCAUUCUAAAUGGCGUCCGAGCCUCUCUUGUCUUGACCAACACUCAGCCUGGCUAGGUCGUACAGUGACUGACCUGGCUUUUUACCUGCAAGGUCGAGUCAGCCUGCCACACUUUACACAUCUACGCAGUUGAAGCACAAGAUGCAUCUCCAAAAGAGAUAUAGGCGCUCGUCCAUGGCAUAAAUCUGAAACCUUGCCAUUCCUAGUUAGCAUCAAUAACACUAUUUUAGCAUGACUUUUUAUGAGACAAAUUGUAUUUGCCUUUCUAUAGGAUUCAAAUUUGGCCCCUUUUUUAUUUAGCAAAUCAAGUUCCACCAAUCUAUCUUGCUAUAAGGGAGAAGAUUAUAUGUAAUUAAGUUGUUGUUUUGGGAUCUUCAAUAGUCAUGAGCGAUGCUAUUCAUUGUUA